UACCUGUUACACAUUCAUUUAGACACAAUUGGCUCAGAGAUACUAUUUUUCAGAUGUGAUGUCUACAGAUGUUAAAUGGUAAAUCAUUUCUGCUAUUGUGGAAAUGUUCUUCACAAAUUACGAGUGUUGGGAGUCUAGUUUGGUGCAAAUACGUGACGUUUUUAUGCUCGUUCGGUUGUGCGAUGACUCUGGGUGUUUCGUGACAUUUAAUUGAAGGAGAGUACAAUUAAAUUUAAUACGAAGUACUACUAUGUAGAAAACAUAAAUCUUGUUGUUCGGUGACAGUUACUCGUUUUCCACGCCUUUCCACGAAGAAAGUGUUCACUGCCGACAGUAUUAAUGGAAAUGAACAUUUUGGAAAAUGUCAAAAGGAAAACUACGAACUAUCACCGACGUCUGUGCAGACUGCGGUUCACAAGACCCUGCUUGGGCAUCGGUGAAUAGGUGUGUUGUCCUCUGCGAUGACUGUUGCUCUGUACAUCGGAGUCUGGGGCGGCAUGUAUCACAAAUAAAGUCCCUUCGGCGCAGUGUGUGGAGUGCUUCACAGCUUCUGUUAUUGCAGUCACUGAACAGCCAUGCUGUUAACAGUGUAUGGGAGCAUGCAUUGCUGGAACCUGGGCGGCUGGCUAGUCACCGCAAACCGCAUCCAAGAGACCCAUUGCAUCCAAAGAAAACUGACUUCAUCCGAGCAAAAUAUCUGCAUCUUGCAUUCGUAUUUAGACCAGGGAAAGAUGAACCUCCCCUUCAGGAAGAUGAUUUAAGCCAGCAGCUACAUUCCAGCGUGCGGACUGCCAAUUUGGAGACUAGCCUUCGCCUUUUAUCACAGGGGGCAGAUCCUUGUUACUUCCAUCAGGAGAAGGGUACAACUCCUCUUCAUGUAGCUGCAAAAGAGGGACAGACCUGCCAGGGAGAGCUGCUUAUUGCGUGGGGAGCUGAUCCUAUGGCUCCAGAUGCACAUGAACAGACACCAGUUGACUAUGCAAGGGCAGCAGGUCACAGAGAUCUGGCAGAGAGGCUAGUGGAGUGCGCAUAUGAACUGACAGACCGUUUGGCUUACUACUUGUGCUCUCGUCGACCUGACCAUGUGGCUGGUCAGCACUACAUCAUACCUGAGAUGGCCGAUCCACUUGAGCUCUCAGAACUGUCAAAAGUUGCCCGCAAAAAGCUGCAGCAGCUGCCAAACCAUGUAUUUGAAGAGUUAGCAAUGGAUGUGUAUGAUGAAGUUGAUAGAAGAGAAAUAGAUAUGAUUUGGCUAUCAUCUCAUCGAGGCAGUAAUGCGACAGUGCCUGCUGAUUGGUGUUCUGUGGUUCCUUUCCUCCCAGUGAAUCCAGAAUAUUCAGCGACACGUAAUCAGGGUCGUCAGAAGUUAGCCCGAUUUAGUGCCCGUGAAUUUGCUACGCUUAUAAUAGAUAUAUUAGCCGAUGCACGUCGACGGCAGAAUAGCACUGCCACAACGUCUUCACUUGUGAUUUCACAAGAAGCUGUAGGGGGUAACAAAUAUCAGCACCGGCAGCAUCCCAUGGAAACAUCAAAAUCAUCAGUAAUGUCAUCAUCCAGGCAUCCAAUUCUGUCUGCUAUUGCAGGAACAAAACAUCGCUCUGAGGUGUCUGAUGAUGAACCAUUAUAUGAUAGUGUUGCAUCAGAUGAAGACUAUGUAGGAACAGAUCAACUGAAAUUGCUUCCUCAGCAAGCACAGUCUGUGAAUGAAUCACAGAAACCACAGGAGAAGAUGCAAGAAGAGAAAAGCAGUUCUGAGAAUGUUGAUUCACCUGUGUCUGAAAUUUCUAAGGACCAAUCUCCUUCAACGUCAGAGGAGAACAGUACUGCAUCUACAAUAGAGCAUUCACUUCGUUUGCAGCUUGCUACUUCAGAAGCAAGAAUGGAUGAACUCAGAUUGCAACUGAACAUUCUACAAUCCACGGUCAGCAGCUUACUUGCUGAAAAUCAGGAACUUCGGCAGUUGCUGCAGUCAGCAGGUCUCAAUAUUCCCACAGUUGCCUCUCCUCAGCCUAAUGGUUAUGAACCUGUUCAAGAUAUGAGGGGUCGCUCUACCAUUCAGCGACCUGCAUCCAUGUAUGAAACACGGGAGGGGAUCAGGAGCGCUGUUUCUAUCAUAAACAAGAAGGAUUCAUCGGGGGACUAUGACUGCCCUUCAGGACCUGUUCGGCCUGCUGUCACCCAAAGUCUCUAUAGCAGUAGCACUGUUGGAGGUGUUAUGCCUGUUAGUGAGGAAGUUAUUAGGAGAACUGACCAAGUAACGAAACGAAUACAGGAGUUGGUUGUGUCAAUGCAAGGAUCUGCUGGUUGUGAUGCUUUUGUGCCUUGUGCUGAAAGAAUAAGAGUUGCUGUUGCAGAACUUACUGCUAUAUUUCCACAGAAUCCUCUUGAUGAGCAUAUCCGUAUACCACUUCGUCAGCUGAAUGGUAACACAGCUCGCCUACAGACAAUUUGUGCUAACCUGCAGAGAUGCACUGGAGAAACAGAUCGGUCAUAUUAUCUUCAACAAAUGGUUCGCAAGUAUCGGCGACAAACGUCUAGGCAAGAUUGGUCAUUGGAGUCAAUGGAAGGCGCUGUAAAUGCUGUUAUAAAAGGUCAUAUGGGUUCUUUCAGGGCUGCUCGACAGUUCAACGUGCCACAGACAACGAUUGAACGACAUGUAGGAAAGAAACAUGCUAAUCCUGGCUAUACAGUUGUGAAAAGGUUAGGACCAAUCACUAGUGUGUUUACCCCAGAACAAGAGGCAGAACUUAAAGACUACUUAACACAGAUGGAAGGACAAUAUUUUGGCCUAACACUUAAAGAACUUUGUAAACUUGUUUUUCAGCUAGCUCAACCUUAACAACAUCAAACAUCCAUUUAAUACUGUAGCCAAAUCUGCAGGAAGAGAUUGGUUAAAUGGGUUUCUUGCGCGAAAUCCUACCUUAACAAUACGAAAACAGAGGCCACAUCAAUCGCACGAGCAAUGGGGUUUAAUCGAGUUGCCGUACAUCGGUUUUUAGAUCUGUUAGAAAGUCAAUUAGACACGUUAAAGUUUACGGGAGACAGAAUUUUCAAUUGCGAUGAGACUGGUUUAACAGUCAUUCCAAAAGGUCAUACAAUGGAGGUUGUUUUGAAAGGGCGCAGACAGGUGGGAGCAGUUACUUCAGCAAAAAGAGGCCAGCUGUGACUGUAAAAAUCUGUGUUUCAGCGUCAGGGUGCUACGUACCACCUAUGUUAAUUUAUCCUCGAAAACGAAUGCAACAAGCGUUUGAGACUGGCCUGCCCCCUGGUGCCUGGGCAGAAGUCCAAGAAACUGGUUGGAUGACGAAAGAACUAUUUUUGACUUGGUUUAAGAAGUUUAUUGCAUUUACUGGAGCGUCAAAUAAAAGACCAAUACUUCUCAUUUUGGACGGCCACAAAACGGACACCAAGAAUUUAGAAGUGAUAGAUGUGGCCCGCGAAAAUAGGGUUGUCUUACUGUGUUUGCCACCACUCUGCUCACACCGUCUUCAACCACUGGACGUGGCAUUUAUGAAACAUCUCAGUAAAUUUUACGAAGAUUUAGUAAGAUCGUGGCUUCACACCCAUCCUGGAAAAGUUGUUACGCUGCAUCAGAUCGCAAGUUUAUUCGGCAAAGCCUUCAUUCAUUCAGCUACAAUGUCCACAGCAGUGAACAGGUUUCGGAAAACAGGCAUUUGGCCUGUAAACAGAAAUGUGUUUCAAGAAAUUGAUUACCUUCCCUGUUCAACUACAGACAUUAAUCAAGUUCCCACAUCUUAAGUUACAGAAACGGAAGACCAAAUACCAGAGAUGUUGUCAAGACGUAAAACACCUGAACGAUUAACAACUGACGAUCAAGCCUUUGUUUCGUCUAACUUUCAGGUUACCAGCCCUGAAAUGGUGUUAGCUAUUCCAAAGGUGGAUAAAAAAAAAAGGAAA